CACUGCUUUUAAGGUCAGCCCUGGGUAAAUGUAAUCUUCGAGUACAAGGCGGAAAGGUGCUAUGGAUAUUGAUAGGGUGUUAAUGGAAGUCAAUGGAAUUGAGACCUGAUCAAUGCUGGCAAAACACACGUGCUGUUGAUUUGUCAGGGCGCCCUCUUUGUCUGGUGGCAAUAAGCAGGUAUGAUUUGGGUCUCGGCGAUAAGGCUCACAAUGGCCGAGAUGAAUGGAUACUAGGUAUAAGGCGAGGACAAAUAUUUCCUGCUGUUGCCUUGCGCUAUGGGGGAAAAGGGUUCGCAAAGAGGGCUCACGAGAUCUUUAAACCAGCGGAAUUUGAUCUUUCUUACUUCCUAUGAACCCCUUUUCCAAAAACAGGCUAAGCAGCGCUCAUGGGAUUGCGGGGUUGGCGCGUGGCGGCAUUGGGAGGCAAAUAUUUCAUGUAGAGCCAGUGAGCCA